CAAAACCAUUCUAAUACCUCCAAAUACUCCAGAGAAAAACACAAGGAAUGUCAAAAAGAUGGUAAAAAUCGCCUGAGAAUGCCAUCUCGCACGAUCUACCUUUGAGCAUUGCAUUAUGACAUCCUGCGAUAUGAUGUAUCAAUUCUAUAAUCCGUAUUUCUCUCAUAAAACACCAUCAAGCGAUUUCGCGAAGUUUGGAACUCCCGGCUUAACGACAGACCAUCAUCACCUACAGGCUAGCGGUUCAUACCCCCACAGCUCAUUACCCCCGUGCACAGGAAAUGAUAGACAUGGGGACAUAGAGGGGGAAAUAGACCCGGAAUCUCAACCGAAGUCCUCCCAAUACCUCAACCCAAACUGUGUCCUCCUGAGUUAUUUUUCUGGGGACACUUCGACCGUGGUGGACGAACACUUCAGUCGAGCUCUCAGUCAACCAAGCAGCUUUAAUCUGGACCGAAAUUUUAGCUCCUCUUCGUCAUUUUCCGUCAAAUCUAAAGCAGAAAAACCACUGAUGUGUCAUCGAAAGUUACCGCCGUCAUUCUGGAACAGUGCUUACAAACCGCCGUCAGGCCAGUUUGGGACAGGAAGUAACUUUGACUACUCCCGGGAUCCAUAUUUCCCGUCAUCUUGGUACUCACUGCAAAAUAACUGGCCCUACAGGCUCCCCUCCCACAGUCACACUGACCUUAGCGGGUCUCUCCCAUAUUCCUCGUUUGACGCCACAGGAAAGUUUGGAUCCACAUACCAGUCUCUCAUGUUUCCUGGAAGUUAUGACACAAGACAAUCUAAAUAUGACUUUGCCAAAAAUAUGGAAUCUUUAGCGGGAACAAGUAGUUAUUAUGGAUUAUCCAGACUAGGAAUGGAUUUUACAUCCAAAGGGGACCCACCGGUCAAUGGGUUGGAGUACCAGUUACAGACAGCUCGGCGGGAGUUGUGUUGGUGACACCCUACACAAGAGUUCCUGCAAAACAAGAGACGAGAGAGAGCACGUCCACUGUGGUGAUAAAUGACAACAAAUCAACGUGCACAUUCACACGUCUAAAAUCUAUACCAUUAUUAAUGAGCACGAUAAAUUCGUUCAAGUUUUUCAAUUUGAUUAAUGGAGGCAAAUGUUGAAAAACUGGAGGUCAAAACCGGUGGCAGCAGGCCUGUGCUCACUUCCAUCCGAUCAUAAAAAUGAAUCGUAGAUUUUGCAUUCAUAUAAUAUUGUCAUUAUCUCAUCAACUUACAAAGAUUAUAUGAUCUGCUAUAAGUGGCUAUGGUGUACAAUAAAAUGUUAUAUUGUAUAGAUUAA